AUGGUUAAAAGUGCUAAAGCUCUUGCACCAGUUGGCGAUGAUUUAUGUGCUGAUUUUGACGACUGUGUUGAUGUUAUUUGUGGUGAAGUUUUAGAUAAUAUUGGAUGUGGUGAUGAUGGUUGUGAAGAUGCAGAUAUUGUUAAAGACUCUAAUGCUCUUGAACAUGUUGGUGAUGUUGAUGUUGAUGAACCUUUAUCUUCAGAUAACUUCAACCGUUUAAACGAAGGUGAUUCAAAUUCAAUUUCUUCUUUUUCUUGCUGA